AUAUCCCCAACAACAUCUCUUCAAUUGUCACAUUAAUAAGGAUCUGGAAAAAAUGACCAUAAGCCCACCGCAAAGACCCAACGGCCAGCCUAUCCAGCACGAGCCCACCAACACACUCGCCCUCCUUCUUCCUCACCCUACCUUGUUUGCACCUCCAGUCCUCGAUUUGUUGCGCGCACACUAUGAACAUUUCGGGAGAAUAGCUCACUGGGCUCCCGUAAGGGGGUUCGGAAGGGCCAUAGUAGUAUUCGAGAGCGAAGAAGAGGCUGAAAAUGCGAAAAGACAAGGUGACUGGUUGAAAUUGGACGUUCCUGUGGGUGGCGAGGAAAAGAUCGACAACGAAGGAAAGCUGAAAGACAUCGAGCUGGUCCUUCGAUUAUAUUACCUUCCACCGACAACCCUCAACCCCGACCCAGCCACCACGCACCUUGCACCACCUCCUCUUCCACACAACUUUCUCAUCUCCCCGCCAGGUUCUCCGCCUGAAGGCUGGGAACCUGCAGCGGAAGAAGCCCCUAACCGUACCAUCCUCCCUGAGGACUUGCAGCGUGCACUGGAAACGCUGGAGCUGAACAGUGGGAGCAAGGCAGAUGACGGGAAGGAGAUCAUCUUGGACGAAGGGGGGGUGAGGGUGCAAGUGGAAGAUACGACCAAACAGGAGAGAUACGGUGGGGAGGAUUAUGAAAUGGGGGAGACAUUGGAAUCUGGGACUGAUGCUUGGAAUCCUCCUAGUCAGUCUGGCGGUAUGGGGACACCUGGCUUUGGAGUGAAGAUUAUGCCCACGGCAAUGCCUCCUUUAUGAUCCGCCAUCAUCCGAGUCUUGGGAGGAGCCGAGGGAAGAGGUGGUGUAAGGACGCAAGGCAUCACGAGAGAACGACGUCAUGACCUCAUGUCAACCAGCAUUGUACAUAUAUACUUUUUGUAGACCCAAUUCAAUCAUCUCAAAACCACACAAAUUCAUGCAGUGAUAUAGAACAUCCCAUGUAUAUCAAAC